CGGUGGGAGAGGAAGGUCUCAUGCGCUCAUGGUCCACUUUCUCCUGCGCUGCAAGUUUGAGUCGCGCUCCUCAGGUGCGGCCUCGCUCCUCUCUGCUCACCCGCCCCGACUUCUCACCUGAGUGCGUGUGUGUGUGUGUGUGUGUGUCAGGGACCCGGUGAAUGAUGGAGUGGUGCGUCCUGGUGCUGAUGCUGAUGCUGAGCCUGCCACACUCCGUCCACCCCGCGUGCGCACCACAGUGCCAGAGAUGCGGCGACCCCCUGCCGUGCAGCAGCGAGUGUGAGGAGCGCUGCUCCAACGCUCCUGCACCACCGGACGAGGAGGAGCAGCUGGUUAAGCGAUACGGAGGCUUCAUUAAAAAGCUCGGGAGGACUCGGAACCAAGUGCUGGGCUCUGCGAACGAGGUGCUGAAGCCGGAGCUGGAGUCCGACCCGUACACGGAGCUGCUGAAGAGGCUGGAGAGCAGAGACGCGCCGGAGGACUCGGAGGAGCGGACGCUGCGCCAAUUGGUCAAAAGGUACGGCGGCUUUUUGCGCAAGUUCGCCCCCAAGACGAAGCGCAGCAGCGAGAUGGAGGAGCCCGGGGGGCUGCAGAAGCGAUACGGAGGCUUCAUGAGGAGGGUCCGGCCCAAGUUGAACAACCUCAAGUGGGACAAGCGCUACGGCGGAUUUCUGCGGCGGCAGUUUAAGAUCUCGCUGCGCUCACUGGAGGAGCCCUUUUACUCCGAGGAGGACUGGAGUCUAUAGAUCCGUCGGCCGCUGAACGAACUGCCGCCACACGUGCAACUGACCUGUGUAACCCCGCGUGUCCGUGUCUCUGUCGUGUGAGUCAGUAACGAUGCUUGUUUCAGAGAAAAAAACACAAUAAAGCCAGCGUGUUUC